AUGGCCCAACCAAUGCGCGACGGUUACCACGGCUAUCAGCAACACUACAACAUGUAUCCGACUCGAGCCCACUACCCUCAGGUUGAGGUCGCACAAUCGAUACACGUCAACCCAUACGCCCAUUACGCCCAAGCACCGCAACACCCAGCCCAGCAAUCGACAUACGGUCAUCACACGACCCCUCGUUCACCACAACCGUCAGGCUCCCCUCUAUCAGACGAUGGGUUCAAGCCUUCUUUGCCUUCGAUAUCGAAUCUACUUGGCAUCGCUGACCGACCUGGACAAGACAACGCCAUUCGUCAAGUUCAGGUGUUGUCGCAACAAGCACAAGACUCGUCGCAAUCGACACAUCAAUCGCCACAGGAGACGGUCGACAGCAGCAUCACAUCGAGAUACCCAGCACACACGCUUGGAAGCAGCCCUCGAACCAUCAUACAACCACCGCCGAUCCGUAACGACUCGGUCCUCGAAAGCACGCAGAGCCCUUCGACAAUCUCAUCUGGAUCGACGAUAUCAGACCCCUAUUUCGUUGGAUCCGCCAUCAACAACGUCGAGCCUUCAGACCAGCGCGUUGCUCCUGUCCAGGUUCUGAAGCGACACUCGGUCCCCUCACAACCAAACGUGUCUCCCUACGGAAACACUCGUUACACAACGUCUCCGUACGCGGUAUCCCCUGGAUCGGUAUCGGCACCAUCGUACUACUCGCCAACCGAGCCUCAAUACCCCGUCUCUUCAAGUCUCUACCAGCAGCGACCGCUUCCGUCGAACUUCCCACCGCCAGCUCCUGUCGUUCAAUCAUCGACCAACUUGCCCACCAGCAACCCCUGGGAGCACCACCACUACAUCAGUCCUUCGUCGCAAGCGACAUUCCCGCAAUCACAGGAUCGUUACAUCUGUCCGACAUGCAAUAAAGCUUUCAGCCGACCGUCGAGUCUGAAGAUUCAUUCGCACAGCCAUACCGGCGAGAAGCCCUUUAGAUGCCCUCACACGGGUUGCGAAAAGGCCUUCUCGGUGCGGAGCAACAUGAAGCGACACGAGCGAGGCUGCCACGGCGGCAUGUCAAACAAUCACCACCUACCGCAGCACGCUCAUGGCCAUCCCCACGCACACCCACAUGCACACGCGCAGCAUCAUCCACGGAUGCUCUGA